UCAGCAUCCUCCCACAGCCACACACAGCAGAGCCGGAGCACGGAGCGCAGCACCGGGAUACUGUCAGGAUGUUCUGAGGAAAAGAAGAAAUAAACAACCGACUGCGGAUUUAAGAGACGAUCGGAAAGGAAAAUAUUCUGCUGCGAGUGGAGAUAUUUCAGAUAUAUACACAGAUAACAGAGACAGCUCGUCGGCCGGCCAUGCAGCACUACGGGGUGAACGGCUACUCUCUCCACGCCAUGAACUCACUGAGCGCCAUGUACAACCUUCACCAGCAGGCGGCGCAACAGGCCCAGCACGCCCCAGACUACAGGCCCUCAGUGCAUGCCCUCACUCUUGCAGAGAGACUGGCUGACAUUAUCCUCGAGGCCCGGUAUGGCUCCCAGCACCGAAAGCAGCGGCGCAGUCGGACAGCCUUCACCGCCCAGCAGCUGGAGGCUCUGGAGAAAACUUUCCAGAAGACCCACUACCCCGAUGUGGUGAUGCGUGAGCGUCUGGCCAUGUGCACCAACCUGCCUGAGGCACGCGUUCAGGUCUGGUUCAAGAACCGUCGGGCCAAGUUUCGCAAGAAGCAGCGCAGCCUGCAGAAGGAGCAGCUCCAGAAGCAGAAGGAGGCGUCCGGAACCGCAGAAGGCUCUACGGAGGACUCAAAGACUGACCUCAACACCACCACCAUCACCUCCAACACCUCCACGACCACGCUGGUUCCUGAGGCCCGCACUCCUCCUCCUCCCUCCUCCUCUUCAUCCUGUCACUCAGAGACAGAGAGGCUGGCAGCCGCUCGGCACCAGCCAGAAGAGAUGAGCGUGGAAGUCAACGUCACCUCCCCUGAGCCAUCGGACAGCGAGUCAGCAGCAGAAGAUAAUGCUGACAGAGAGGAGGACGAAAUGAGAGGGGAGACGAGGGUGAAGAUCAGGGAGGAGACGCAGGGGGAGGAGGGAGCGCAGCCUGGGAGCAGCUCCCCAUCAUGCAAACAGCUGAGCCCCACAUCAGAUUCUCCCCUCAGCUCCCCCACCUUGGCCUCCUCCAGCAGCGUGACCAGUGGUUUGGCGCAGAGCAACUCGUACGCUUCGUCUCCUCUCAGCCUCUUCCGGCUGCAGGAGCAGUUUCGGCAGCACAUGGCCGCCACCAACAACAUGGUGCACUACCCGUCCUUUGACAUGAGCACGCCGUCCUCUCUGCCCUACCUGGGCAUGAACGUCAACGUGCCGUCCCCGCUGAGCUCGCUGCCCUGCCACUCCUACUACCAGACCCUGUCGCAGGCCCAGCAGGUGUGGAACAGCCCGCUGCUGCAGGCGGCGCCGAGCAGCCUCCCCGGAAGUCUCAACAGCAAGACCACCAGCAUCGAGAACCUUCGCCUGAGGGCCAAGCAGCACGCAGCCUCGCUGGGACUGGACACUCUCCCCAACUGAAGCUCGGACUGUUCAAAGUGUUCACCCUCUGGUCAGGGCCAUACCUAUUAAUCAUGGGCUUAGUCCAUAUAGGAGCUGACUCUGGGCCUCUUGACCUCUCACCACUGUCAGCAACUACAGUAUGUGUAUCCGUCCAAAACACAGACACAUCUACAAAAACACAUUCGAAAUAUCUCAGAUUUGAAAAUUGGCUUACAUAACUAGUCCUCGGUUUUAGAAAUCUGCUUAAAUGUUUGUUUCUCGGAAAUUUAACUGAACAGCUGCUAAUGUUUUGUUUCAGUUUCCUAGAUUAAAAGACAAAGAAACAAUUUCAAAAUUCAGACAAGUUUGACAAGCAGCAGAAACAACACAUUUUGUCGGCACACAUAAAUACCAUAAAUGUGUUUUAGAGCAGACACUUGAGGUUUGGGGCCCAAGGUUGCCAACACACAUAUUCCUCUUCACCUCAUCGUCACCGUGUGGGCAUGCAGCUCACCGCUGGGAGCACACCAGGACAGAAAAAACAGCUCUGGAUAGACUUAAGAAAAAAAGAUCAGAACUCAGUGGACUUAUGAAAAAAAAAUCCCACCUGGACUGCAGUUGUGACUCAACAGUGCUUUUUGGAUCUUUGCUUGUAUCAACUCCUCCUAGUCAACAGCACAAGCCAACUCUGGCUGCUCACAAUGAUUUCUGCCUUCUCUGUGAAGUCUUGAAGACGGUGUUGAACCACAGGGCUGAUUCAAGGACAGAUAGUAAAAUAUUCUAUAAUUCAACGUGAACUAUGCAUGCAUGCACCUCUCUGAAGCAUGGCUUACGGCCACAGAAUGAAGUCACAUCCGAUCUGUUAUCAGAAAUGAAGCUCAGAUCACUCAAUAUAAUCCCCCACCAACUGCAUUUCUUUGUAGAUGAUUCAUGACUCUUUUCUGUUUAAUGUUACAGCACUCAGCUGAAUCCAUUGAGCGUUGUAAAUAUCCCUCAGUGUUCGCCUCCAUCUGCCUGGCUAAAGAGUAACUCCAUGUCUCCUUGUGUGUUCAGGAUUUCAGAGGAAAUGUUCAAUUUACUUUUCAAUUGCGGCUUUAAGCAAAGGACCUACAGCAUACAUGAAAUAAAGGGAGAAUCCGCUGACGAGGCACAGUGACAAAUAAAUAUGAACCCAGCCGACAUAUAUUUUUACUUAUCUCGACAGAGUCACCAUUUUUUCUGAGCCACUGGCUCCAGCAGAAAGACGCACAGGCCCAUUCUCUAUGUAUUAUAUCACUGUAGAUUCAAGACUUGUAUUUCUCAAUUGUUAAAAAUGUGAGUAAUUUAUCUGUUUAAUGCAAGGGAAUAAAUCAUACAUAAGAAUGAAUCAUGUUAUCAGUGUCAUUGGUUGGAAACAUAAGAUG